GCCAGUGGGUGUCUCCGUGGCCCAGCUCCGGCCCCGCCCCCAGCCCAUGUUCUUGGGGGUCCUGGUCUCCAGGCUCAGGACAGGUGGGUCGCCCGCUGGCGGGCGAAAGGUUCUGAGCUGGCUCAGCUCGCCGCAGGUGGCUACUGGAGCUGACACCCAGCACCGCGGUGGAUCUGCGCGCCCCCUUGCUGCAGCAUCACCUGGCUGAGCUGCGGAGCUGCACUCGCUACCCUUGGCGGGCUGUGGCCUCGCCUAGCUCUGCGCUUUUGCUCUCAGAGGUACUGGAGGUCGGAGUCUGCAGGAUGCUGAAGAGUUGGUGCGAGCUAUGCGCAUGACAGCUUGAACUUUCUUGGGGAUUCCUCUACCAGCCCCUUAGAUCGUGUCAUGCAUGUCACCAGAUAACAAAAUUAAAUAUUCCCUCCAGUGCCCUUUUGGAAUAUUUUGACUUUUCUCCUUAAAAACUGACGAAAAGACCAACUCCUCCCACUGUCAGGAACUAUCUUGUCUUCAGAGUCUGGGAUAAGGGCUUGCAAAUGAGAACGCUAUCUAUGUCUCUGCGGUCCUUCCACUCCUAAUGCUCCCAGAGGAGCUUCGUUCCUACCGUUUUUCUAGCCUUCAGAGAGAGUUCUCCAGAGCAAUGACCCAGAAGACUUGAUUAGAGUGACGUUGUUUUCUGGGCCCCCAAAAUGGCAGCUAAAAUGGAGAUAACUUUGAGUACCUACACUGAGGAUUCUGACAGGCAAGAGAGACACAUCAUAAUGAAGCUGGAGGAAAAACGUGGGCCCGCUCAGCAAAAAGCUGGCCCCGAUCCUGAGCUUUCCCGCCAGAGCUUCAGACACUUUUGUUAUCAGGAGGUGUCUGGACCCCAGGAAGCGCUCUCCCGCCUUCGACAGCUCUGCAGACAGUGGCUGCAGCCUGACCUACACACUAAGGAGCAGAUUUUGGAGCUCCUCGUGAUGGAGCAGUUUCUGGUCAUCCUUCCUCCAGAGAUCCAGGCGCAGGUCAGGCAUCGAUAUCCAAUGAGCGGCAAGGAGAUUGUGACGCUGGUGGAAGAUUUGCACAGAGCAUCCAAAAAACCAAAGCAGUGGGUGGCUGUUUGUCUGCAAGGGCAGAAGGUGCUCCUGGAGAGAACAGCAGCUCAGCCUGAAGAACAAGAACUUCCAGACUUUGGGCCCCAAACUCAUAGCAGAGAUAUUCAAGAGAACUCCCUGGAAGAGCCUUCCUGGGAAGGGUCUCAGGCCCAGCUGAGUCCCCAUCACUGGGAGAAAUAUCCCUUCUACCAGGAACCAGUUCCCAAACUGACUGAGACAGAGGCCUCCAAGACGAGAAGAGACAAGGAAAACCCACAGCAGGAAGGGGCAAAAGGAGCAGAGACACAUGCGGUGUCACCCGCGAGUACCAUAGUGGGUAGUCUGCACGGCCCUGAGCCAAGACGGGUGAGCACGAGUGAACCCCGAUUGUCACAGAGGCAGGCCAGACCCCCAAAUGCUCAGAAGGCAUUUGCUCACUACCAGAGGCAUUGCAGAGAACUGGACUAUAUCAGCAACCCCCUCAGAGGCUACCCACUGAGAGAGUUAAAGAAAAGCAAAAGAGGCAGAAGAGGCCUGAGCAGCCUUCUGCAGUGUCUUAGCCACCAGGCGGCCCACGCGGCAAAGAAACCUUACAAAUGCGAUGACUGUGGGAAGAGCUUCACGUGGAAUUCAGAGCUGAAGCGACAUAAGCGAGUACACACAGGAGAGAGACCCUACGUCUGUGGGGAGUGCGGAAACCGCUUUGGGAGGCAGUCAACUCUGAAACUGCACCAGAGAAUCCACACUGGGGAGAAACCAUACCAGUGCAGCCAGUGUGGGAAAAGCUUUCGCCAAAGCUCAAAUCUCCAUCAGCACCACAGGCUCCACCAUGGGGACUAAACAGGUGCUGGGUACUUUAGAGGCCCAGGGAAGGGCGGACCUGUCUCUCCUUUUCCUUACUUGCAGGUAAAUCACAGAGCAAGGGGCCCUUGGGGAGUGAUGGAGCCUGUCUGCAAAGCCGCCUAAUCUGGGUGUUGGGGAAGGAGAACUGUAUUCUCGGCAGAGGGGGGACUAGUUACUGAGAAUAGUUAGGCUGAGCAACAAGCGGUUUUAAUUAAUUGGUCCUUAAUUAAAUUCUUCUUGUUGCUUUGUCUUACAAAAUACAGUUCUCAUGUGUACUCUUGAGCAGUUCACUAGAAUUUCAAGAAAACGCUCACUAGUAGUCUUUCUGCGACUAACCUUUUUGUUGUUGGUGGUUGUUUUUCAUUACUUUUUAUUUAUU